AUGGUGCAGACAAGGUCUCAAGCCAGGUCCGGGGCUGUUGCGCGCACCGGACAAGCUAACACCAGUACUGGGCACCAGAACGUUGGAACGCAGACGCAAGCAGGGAGCAAGGCUUUAGCGAAAAAUCAACCGCAAACGAAAGUCCCAGUCAAGAGUCACCCCAAAGCCAAGAAUGCAGGGAAGAUUGGGUCGAAACGCAAGGCUCCAGUAAGAACUCAAGCUCAACCCCAAACACCAGCGAGUAGUCCACCAAAGUCGAAGACGCCGGAAGACAGUGAGAAUAGAGCCCCAGCUGCUGCGAAUGGCGUGGCCGGGCCGCGAGGGUCACCGUUGAAUCCUCCUGCUGGAACCCCGAGAAAUGGUCCGACUCCUAGCCCGACAUCGGACGGACCCGAAUUCAACAGUCCUCUAAGGGCGCCAACGGAUGCCAUCAUCGCAGCCAGGUCAGAGGUGAAGUCACAUGUAGGGGGAGGGUUCAAAAAUCCAGGCCGUCUUUGCUAUCGGAAUGCCACCAUCGUCAUGCUACUGCACAGCAACAGAUUCAUGUCCUGGAUUGAACACCGGCACAUUCCCAAUCUGAAGGCCGCUGGGUUGAGGAUCAAACCUUACAGCAAACCUCUCAUCGACGAAUUGCUUGAUGUGCCAGCUGGCGACGGGCAAACAGGCGACAAGACCACAGCAGCAUUGCCCAUCGACUACACCGAUGUCCUGUGCGAACUGUUUGAAUUGAGCAGAGCGUAUUGGGAUGACAGACAAGCUCAACCAGAGACUCUCAACAUUGCAAUGGGCUUCUUCUGGGAUUACGCAACCAGCCCGCGCCGCGACAAGGAAAUGAAAACAGAAACAUAUGCCCUGGAGGAUCGGUUCACAACCAAAAUGAGGGAAGCCGCAGAAGAUCAGUGCGCCUCUGAGUUCCUGGGCUGGUUGAUCACCCUCAGUAUUGAGCAGCUCAAAUACUUCACCGAGAAGAGGGUCAAUCAGCGUGAGAACAGACUGGACCAGGCGACCCUGGACAAGAUUGUGGGCUUGGGCCAUGUCACAAUAUCAGAGCUAUUGCAAAUCACCCAAACACAACGCGCCCGGUGUAUGCAGUGCGGUUCCAUCCACAAAGUGAAGACGCGAUUCUCACGCCUCGAUGAGCAGACAAUACUGUCCCUCCAGUUACCCGCCACGGCCAACAGUCAAGUGCCAGUGACGUUGGAAGACUGCUUCACGAAAAACUCCGAGGAUGACUUUGAGUGGCGUUGCAGCACCUGUAGCAACGGCACAACAGCAUAUAACCCAGACAAUGGCAAUGGAGCCAAGAAGAAUAUCUGGAGGAAGAUCUACUCUCCUCCCGAGGUCUUGUUUCUGCAGCUGGCGCGCUUCAAGAUUCGACUUGGGGAGGACGGUAGCGUGGAGCUGGACAGAGCAGGCAACAUCAAGUGGGGGAAGGACGCCAGCAAGGUGACGAUCCCGGAGGAGCUGGACUUGACUCCAUUCCUUGAGAGGCGAGGGGAGCCCGCCGACAUCUCAGCCAAGUAUCAGCUAGAAGGCAUCGUCAGCCACUAUGGUGGCAAAGACGAGGGCCACUAUAUCGCCUACGUCCACCGUGGAGACAGCUGGUACGUGUUUGACGAUUCCAGCGAGGUCCGAAAGAUUUCUUUUCAAGUCAUUCUCGACGGUUUUGAUGGCUUCACGCCCUAUGUGUUGCUGUACGAAAGGAUCCCUGACGCCAAACAUGACGCCGCUGGCCGUGAACGCGAAACACUCUCCGUGAGCAGUACUGGUAAUGCUAGUAGUGCUGCUGGCGGUGCUGGAGACAACGCCAGUGCGAGAGACACUAGCGGUGAGCCAGACAACAACAACAACAACAACAACAACAACAACAACAACAACAACAGCAACAACAACAACAGCAACAACAACAACAACAGCAACAACAACGCCACUAAUGAAGAUGGCGGCAGCCCGAACAGAGAUGGUCAAGCUCGUUCCAAUGGCGCACACGAUGUGUCCAAGUCUACAACCGCCCAGCUCAAGCUUGCCACAGCAAACGGCCAACGUCCAGGUCCAGGACAGUUAUCCAUCAACAUCACGGCGGGUUUUGGCCGCUACAAGAUCUUGCUCCCAACGCUCGUGCUGGAAAACUAUGUGCCUGACUCCCACGGCAAGAAUGACGCCUACGUCAAAGUGCGUCUGGAGGACUCCCUGGGCCAACGGACAGAGGUUGAAGGGAUUGGUUCGUUCGAGAGACCUGGCCCUGACAGCACUGGAGACGGCGAAGACGCCUCUUCUAUCAUGUUGAACCCAAAUUUCGCGCCUGGACAGACGCCUGUUGCAUCAGUGGAAAUCAUAUCUGACGACCAACACCAACGCACCCCCCGGACACCAUCCAACAGGUCUCUAUUCAAUGGGUCUUCGAGCGGUGACACUGAAUUGGACCCUGCGCUCCUGCCAGACGUCCCUGACCACAGUCCCAGCCAACACCGCCCUCGCCGGACCCACGGUGCUGGAUCGGGCGAACGCCAGACCCGCAGUGAUGGAUCCUCGGGGGAUUCCAAACGGUCGCCGUCAUCCCUGGACAACGGCGCGCCGUUCCUCUACCAGACGCCGACCGUGCAAGCCAAGCUGCGCCAGAUCUUCACCUACAUGGAGAAUUACUACGGGGACAUGAUCAAGCGGGACCUGCACGCGGGCGUCGUCCCCAUCUACCAGGCCGAGAUCGUGGCUCUCAACGGCAAGAUCGCAGAGUACGAGCGCUUGUUGGGGGAGAACGCCGACGACGCCGAGGAGCAGCUGUUCUACUGGAGGGCCCGCGAGGCCGGCUUGCUGGAGACGCACCAGAAGCACCUGCUCUGGAUCGCCGACUUGCAGGAGCAGAACCGCGCCCUCCGCGCACAGUACGCGUGGCAACAUUACAACCCGACGGGACCUGGGGCCGGCCUCGGCAUACGUGGCGUUGAGACAGUGCAGCCGGUGGUUCCAGAAACAGUGAGGACAGGAGCAAGAGAGAAGAGGUCCUUUGGUCAGAUCAACGAGAGUCACCAGGAGUUGGUUUUCGACGAUCGUGCAGUGCCGCCCAGGACCCCGAAGCGAGUCAAGUUCAGUAACAACAGCAGCGUGGUUGGCCAAGUAGGAGACGCGACCCAUUUGCAGGAAGAUAUCGACUACGACUCGCGUGAGCUAACCGAGUUGCACUACGACUCGGCUGGGGGCCGGCUCUAUGACGAUUCCGAGGACGACGGAGAUGUUGUCAAGCCCGAGGAGUUGCAUGAUGUGUUUAGGCCGGAGCCAGAGCCUGAGGAGGACGAAGAAGAGGAGGAUGAUUACGAGGAGGAUGACGACGAUAUCAAAGACACCCACCACCCCCUCAACCCCACGACCGUGAAAGAAGAAAGCCCUCUCCCGGACUAUGAGGACAUGGUCCCCGAGGACGAACGGUACGACGGCUUGACCGGAACGUCGCCCACGCCGUGGCUGUACCAGAAAAUCUCCAGCGGGCGCCGGGUGCCCAUGGUGCACCUGUUGCGCCGGUUCCCAUCGACGCCCACGCGCGUGGUCGGGCCACGACAAGCCACGCCAGCAACGGCGGCACGGACGAGACCCAGUCCGCUCCAGAUCCGACAUAGUCCGGGCCAGGGCCGCGUGGACGGUCGCGUGCGCAGCAGUCCUCACCACUACCAGACGAGCAGACGUCGUGAGCGGAAUACAUGGUCGGUCGAUUUCGACGAGGAUGGCGUUCCGCGAUAUUACAGGGUGGCGUGGAUCUUUGACGUGGUAGAGUCCAAGAAACGAAACGAGACUCAGUGUUCAGAGGAACCGCCUGAAAUAUUGACCCUGGAAGACGAAGGUGGCGGGGAAAACAGCUCCCAACCAGCAGAAUAUUUCUCGAGCUGGUGUGAUCCUUACUUGACGACAGCCAUCAAUGUCUCGUUUGGCGACACGGAAGAAGAGCGCCGCAGUUUGGACUUCUGGUUGAAGGAGACCGGGCCUACCUUGGGGAAUUUCGGGCCCGAUAAUGACUUUUGGUGCGGCUUCAUCCCCCGGUGGGCGUGGCAAUCCCCUAUCCUCCGACAUCUAAUGGUGGCUGCAGCCAUGGUCGAUGAGCAACUGGGCUUGUACCGCAAAGCGAUGACAUCGAGAGUGACACCGCGGGUUUUCUGGCACUAUCACGCGGCGAUCACGAGAAUGGCCACCGCAAAGGCACCUGACAAGUUGUGCCUGACAGUUGCGUGCUUGAUUGCCUGGAUCUGCGAGACCAUGCAGCGGAAUUAUACGGCGGCAGCUGUCCAUAUCAAGGCAGCAUCACGGCUCUGGGGAGAGCUCAAAGCGUCAUCAGCCAGGUUUGAUCGGUCCACCCUAGACACGAUGGCGCCAAUCGAGCGUGCGGUUCGAGUAUGCGAGUCGUACGCGAAUGCUGUCCUAACUGAAGAAACUCCGUCAAGCGGUCCGUUGCUUCAUGGAACAGGUCUUGUGGGCGAAAGGGCAUGCGAUGUCCCCGUUGUCCAUUCGCUCACACAAGCACGAGGCCUGUUGUUGGACUCGAUUGCUGCAUUUUCGACAAAGGAUUGGACGGAGUCUGACGCUCGGCGGCAACGCCUGUUUGUGAGAAACUGGCACCAGGCCAUCCGUCGAUAUUGCAGCCAUGGUCCAGAGUCGCGUCUAUACAAAAUCACCGUCCAGAUGUUGUUCAAUGUCGGCAUGGCAUUUCUCCCAGAAACCGAAGCAGGCAUAUUCAGCCAUUACGCCAAUCCGAACGCAUUGAAGCAUAUUCUGGACGUUUUCGAGCAAAUACUGAAAGAGAGGCAGAAAGAGAAGCCUAGCCCAGACGAUGACAAUGUCGAGGAGACUCUGGUUCUUGCUUUGGAGGUUAUGCUGAACAAUAUAUGCCAUGACAAGUUGCAUCAGCGCGCUCAAAGGUUGCGGAGGACAUUGAGAAAGCCAUGCAGCUACACCACGCACCACGCAGCCGAUGUUGACAGUGACCUCAACGCUCAAUCUGCUCACAUCGCGCAAGUCUUAACCCUAUCUCAAGAGCAACGGAGAGAGGAUCUGGGCAAUAGGCGGACAUAA